CGUAAUAAAAUGGUGAGAUGCUCAAUUACAGAAAAGUCAAAUUUGGAAUGGGAUACGGCAUUAUCCAUCAUUCAUUGCACAAACUCAGCUUCAAUCAAAGGGCACCGUCAUAUCAAUUGGAAGAUAGAUGUGUUCAUUAGCAUUUCUCCAUCAUUUCUCAUCAUUAUUCAUCGUCUACGGUCUAUUCACAAUUUCACAUGCAAAUCUGAUGGCUACCACAAAACCUCCUCUUUUAGGACUAUCGUGUGGGCUUGUCUACAAUAGGGUUGAAAUGGGCGUAGCCCACGAUAGAGUUUGAAAACGGUAAGCCCAACCCGAGCUAGUUAAUGUGGGCCUUUUAUCCUUGAUCAGAGCUCAGAAAAAGUUAGGCUGAGCCAGAGCCCAGCCCAUCUGACCCUGGCAUAUGCGUUGAAAAUGGCGAUGGUCGUUGCAACAAAAGUGCCCGCCCAACUCCCGCCAAAAGAUUUAGCUCGCUCUCCCAAAGCUUUCACUCCACUCUUCCUCCCUUCCUCUUCGUCACCUCAGAAUAAAUCCGGCAGCCGCUGAAUUCCUGUCAGUCUUGUGAAUGCUAACUCUCCGUCCAUGCUUCGUUUCUCUUGUCUCAUUACCGGUUUCGCCUCCCUGCCGUCGACCAAUCUCCCUUCCCCGCUCCUUCCAUUUCUUCUCUAAACCCCUCUCCUUCCUCCCAAAACCCUCUUCCCCUCUCUUCCUAAACCCUACUUCCCAGAUGUCUAAUCGCCCCAACGCGUUCGACAUUCUCAAAUCCAACGCCAAAUCCGUCUACAAGAAUAAGCCCCAAGCUCAGUCUCCCAAGAAGCGGAAAACCGCCGAGCCCGAAAACCCUAAACCCGCCUCCGCUUCUCCCGAUUCAGCGCCGGAAACGAAGGUUCCCGACCCUGAACCAGCCGCUCAUGGUGGCGAUUCUUCCACUGACCAGAAAUUGGAACUGCCCAAGGCGGACGGUGCGCAGAAGUCGUUUUUCAUGCCUUGUAGUUCGAAGAAAAUCCGCGCCGUCGAUAGGGUUGAGGAAUUGAAGAGCAAGGUUGGGGAUUUGAAGAAGAAAGCCAAGGAAUUCCAGCCGGAGAAAGUGGCGUGCUGGGAGAAGGGAGAGAGGAUCCCUUUCAUUUUUGUUUCUUUGGCGUUUGAUAUGAUAGCUAACGAGAGUGGGAGAAUUGUGAUUACCGAUAUCGUGUGCAAUAUGCUGCGUACUGUGAUGGAUACUACCCCGGAUGAUUUACUCCCGGUUGUCUAUCUCUUGGCUAACAAGAUUGCGCCCGCUCAUGAAGGGGUUGAGCUUGGGAUUGGGGAAGCAAUCUUGAUCAAAGCACUGGCGGAGGCUUACUCGAAGAUGGAGAGGGAUGUGAAGAAGAUGUACCAGGAGAUGGGAGAUUUGGGGCUUGUCGCUAAAGCUAGCCGCAGGACUCAACGGACAAUGUCCAAGCCCGAGUCUUUAACAGUCGCCAAAGUCUUCGACACAUUUCGAUUGAUUGCUAAGCAAUCUGGUAAGGAUAGUCAAGACAGCAAGAGGAAACAUAUCAAGGGACUUCUUGUGGCGGCCAUUGACUGUGAGCCUCAGUAUAUUAUGCGCUUGCUUCAGUCAAAGUUGCGAAUUGGUUUUUCAGAGCAGACUCUUUUGGCUGCUUUAGGCCAGGCUGCUGUGUAUUUUGAGAAGCAUUCUAAACCACCUUCAAAUGUUCAGUCACCUUUGGAAGAGGCCGUGCGCAUUGUUAAAGGAGUCUACUCAGUCCUUCCUGUAUAUGAUAUAAUUGUCCCUGCUCUUCUCAGUAAUGGUGUAUGGAAUCUUUCGAAGACAUGUAACCUUGUGCCUGGUGUUCCUGUUGCACCGAUGCUUGCUAAAUCAACCAAGGCUGUUUCUGAGAUAGUAAAUAAAUUCCAGGAUAUAGAAUUCACUUGUGAAUACAAGUAUGAUGGAGAACGUGCCCAGAUUCACUAUAUGGAGGAUGGUUCAGUUGAGAUAUACAGCAGGAAUGCUGAGCGAAACACUGGGAAGUUUCCUGAUGUUGUGGCUACAAUUUCAAGGUUGAAGAAGUCUUCUGUGAAAUCAUUCAUUCUUGAUGGUGAACUGGUUGCCUAUGACCGAGAAAAAAACAAAAUCCUGCCUUUUCAGAUCCUUAGUACCCGGGCCCGCAAAAAUGUGGUCAUGAGUGAGAUAAAGGUUGAUGUGUGCAUAUUUGCUUUUGACAUGCUGUAUCUUAACGGUGAACCACUUAUUCAAGAACAGUUGGAAGUUCGUCGAAAGCGGCUGUAUGAUUCAUUUGAGGUUGAACCUGGAUUCUUUCAGUAUGCAACAGCAAUAACAUCCAACGACCUCGAGGAAAUACAGAAGUUUCUGAAUGCAGCUGUUGACUCUAGUUCUGAGGGUUUAAUCAUCAAAACACUGAACAAAGAUGCUACAUAUGAACCUUCAAAACGAUCUCGCAACUGGCUAAAAUUAAAGAAAGAUUACAUGGAAAGCCUUGGGGAUUCAUUUGAUCUGGUUCCCAUUGGUGCUUUCCACGGUACUGGGAAGCGUACAGGCUUCUAUGGUGCGUUUCUCCUUGCUUGUUAUGACAAUGACAGAGAGGAAUAUCAAAGUAUCUGUAAAUUGGGUACGGGAUUCAGUGAAGCACAGCUUGAAGAACAUUCUACUAGACUACGCACGAAAGUGAUUCCUGAACCAAAGACAUACUUCAGGUUUGGAGAGAAGCUGAAUCCAGAUGUCUGGUUUGAGCCUUCUGAGGUAUGGGAGGUGAAAGCCGCAGACCUGACAAUCAGCCCUGUCCAUUGUGCAGCAAUUGGUGCGGUGGAUCCUAAUAAGGGUAUUUCUCUGCGGUUCCCUCGUAUGUUACGUGUCAGAACAGACAAGACUCCAGAGGAAGCUUCAUCAGCCGAGCAGGUGGCCGAGAUGUAUAAUGCUCAGAAGCACAACCAGCCAAACCCCGAGGCAGAUGAUGAAGAUGAUUGAGCGGCAGAUUUUUCCGAUUUGCCUUUUUAUUGCCUUCAAAACACAAGUGUUACUGUUGCUACAGCAAAUAUCUCAAAUUCAUUCGACCCUCUUCCAAGAAGCCAGAUGGCAGAGUCAUGUUUGCUGCACAGUACAGAUUGUGUUUGCAGUAAGCUAAACUUAGCACCAUGGCAAGCUUAACCCCCUAGAAUAUUUGUUGUAAGCAAAGAAAAAAUUUCAUGCUAGAGUUGCAGACUUGUAAUGCUACUUAACUGGGUCUGCUGCAACUUCUAAGGUUAGGAGUUAGGACAGAGAAGCACUGUCAAUCUGCCACAGAAGUGACUGGAACUUGGAGAAUCAAUCUAAUCAAACAAACAGGCAAAUUAUAUUUGAUGUACACUUCCAUCUUGCAACUUGCUCUCCCACUUUUAUGUACAGUAGGUCUUUGUUUGCUGGUUUCUGGAGUCUUGACUGGAAGGUUCUUUUAUGUUCUGCAAUAUAUGUUUGAAGUCAAAGCUUUGUUCUGGACUGUGGAGCAUUUGAUGAACGGGAUUUCCGCUUAAGGUCCCCCAAAAGGCUAAAUUGGGAAGGAAGAAUAGAAGGUUUGUUUCUCUUACUGGGCUAAUGAGAUGAUGACGAUGAUGGCGAUGCUUAAGAGGUGGGAAAAUUCAGGACCUCUUGGCAAAUGAAAGAGCCAGAAAUAAGACAGUCUUUUGCUGUCAGAGUUAUUUUCAGGGACUUUUGGUCCAAGUCUGCAAUCUUCUGCCGUGUAGACCAAGGAAGCAUGUCAUGGAAUGGCGGCCUUUUUAGGUGUUCCAGCUGCAGUUGACAGCCAGCUUCAGUCGCCAAUAUCAAAUAUGGGUUUGCCCGCUGCUUCACGUACUAUCAGGUUUUCAAUUCCCCACUCUUUCCCAUUACGUGCUUCUCGAAGUUCUCUUGCUCGGAGCUUUGCUAAAAUUAUGAACAGAGACGGAGAUUGCAUGAACCGUGCAUGCAUUAGCCUAAUUUACAAAAAUAUCACCACAUACAUUUGACGAUUUAGAUUGCAGUAUCGUUUGAACUUCGGUGCAACGAUGUCUACAGAGGCUCUAUCCUGUCCAUAUUAACAAAAUUGCACUUGAUGU